GUGUUCCGUCUUUUCGUCGACAAGUCUUGUGUUUCCUUCACUCGUAUCUCUACGAGAUCUCCUCAAGAAAAGACGGUCCAGCGGAGAGAUGUCUGGAGGAGGGUUCACACUGGUAGAUUUCACAGUGCCGUCUCGUGACAAUACAAUGACCCACGAGCCUACCGAGGCCCCACUCUGUGAUGAGUGUCAGGCAAAGGACCUGUGCUUCUUUGACCCAACGUGCAGUGGCUGCCAGGACCUUCUGCUAGAUUCCAACACCACCAUCUCUCAGCUGUUUGCAGUCAUGCGACAAUGGGUUCCGCAGACCCAGAGAAACAUGUCUUCUCUCUCCAGAGAGGUCCUCCGAAGAGGAGCCAACAUCAACGAUCGUGACGGACUGACCGACCUCUCUCUCCUCCAUUUUGCCUGCAAGUCAGGGGCAGCCGGAGUAGGCAACAUCGAUGCCGCAGUCAACCUUGUCAACUCUCUCCUCAACAAAGGAGCAGAUUCUGAGCUGAGGUGUAAGUGGACUAACAUGAAUGCACUCCAUUACGCCGUCUUCUUCGAUGUCCCUGAGAUUGUCGAUACUCUUCUGGAGCACAAACCAUCUCUGCUCCACACGACGUGUGAUGAGUUUGAUGGAGGAACUGCCCUCCAUAUCGCUGCUUCUAACGUCUCCAUCAGAGCCACUCAGAUACUGCUGCAACACGGAGCAAACUGCAAGGUCACCGACAGAAACGGCCACGCCCCCAUCGACGUCGUCCCUAGCAACCGAACUGAGGAGUCGGAGGGCGACGUGACCAAUCAGAUGAUAGCUCUGCUCCAGUCGGCUGCGGAGGCGAUGGAGAUGAAGGAGAGAGAGGCACAGGUUGCUGCGGAUGCUAAAGUGGAGGAGGGAGAGAGGGAGGAGGGAGGGGAGGAGGAUAAGGAGAACGCCAUGGAGAUAGAGCCAGCUGUGAUGGUGGAGAAAGAGACCCCGAGAAAGUCUCACCCACCACAAGGCAGACCUCCUCAUUCUCCGGCUCAAUCAAAACCUCACUCUACGACAGCCUCGCUCUCUGUCAGAAAGACACACUCACCUCGUACCACCACCACCGCCACUACCAGAGACCCCGUCCGAACCAGAGGCACACGUUCCCCGGUGUCUACGGUCUCAACGGUCUCCAGUGCCUCCUCCAGAGCUGUGUCUCCGGCAGCAGCUAACGAGGUUACCAUGGAGACUCUCGGUCUCAAGAUCGGCGACAGGGUCCUCAUCGACGCCAAGUCCUCCGCCAACAAAUCCAAGUCUGGAACCGUAAGGUUUGGAGGUGCGAUAGACUUCCUGGGGGGUCAGUGGGCGGGGAUUGAACUUGACGAGGCUGUCGGGAAGAACGACGGCUCUCUCAAGGGAAUCAGGUUCUUCACCUGCAAACCCAAGUUUGGUCUGUUUGUUCCAAUGCAGAGAAUCUCAAAGGCUCCAAUGAGGCAGUUGUCCACAGAGAGAAGGAAAAAGAUGGCCGCCAAUGGAGGGAGAAAGAGGGAGUCUGUUGCCCUCUCUCCUCGCACCUUUGAGGCUCAGGGAACCAUGGCCGUCACAACAGACCUACAGGUCCAUUUCUCUCUCUUCUUCCUUCUCCUACUUCCUGAUAUUUGGGCCUCCGUUUCUUGCAGAAGCAUUGCAAAAGCGCCA